UAUUGUUCCCCAGGAAGGACCCAGAGAUGCAACAGGUGCGUUUGAAAAAUAAAUUAAUAGACAUACAAAGAUGAAAUGUUCAAUAACCAACAAUUACAAACAGUAUGGUGAAGCUUGUAUUCUAACCAGUUCUUGCAGUUCCAAAAUGUGUUUUCUUAAAGCUACGUGUACUCUACGGUUCAUGGUUAGGUGUAAAUUACGGCAUUUGUUAACAUCAACUUCAUCCCUAAGAUGGAACCGAUUACGUAAGGCACGAGUAGCCUCGCCAGGUCUCAAGGAGCCGCCAAUUAUAUCCUGCAGUUCGUCGUGAUAGGCGGGGCAUUGUUGUGCCAUAGAUUCCACAUACGGGUGAUAAGGCGGGACAAAAAGGAAUGCGUGUCUCAACAGACAAGAAACUGAUAGAAUUCCAGAAAUGUGAUUGGACAAAGUGCCAAUGCGCCGCCAAUUACAUCCCGAGUCUCAUCUAGAUUGCUAAGAACUGAACAGUACAGCGGAAGUCUCCAUACUAACCAGAAAAAAAGGGCUUUUCAAUUACUGCAUUUAUCCGUUUUGUUUAUUAAAAAGUGCUCCAGAAUCGCUUGUUUUUUUAUUGGACGUUUCAUGGCUCCCUAUCCGACAUCCCAUAUUCUGGUUACCACAAUUUAUUUCCGAGAUGUUGGCAGUGCGUGGUAGCUCUGUGACGGGCUCCGAAGUACGACGAAUAUGUUUGUUGUCCGGUGGCCGGAAGUUUAAACCAAGCCAUGUGCAGUCCCCUUAAUCGACCGGCCGGGACUUCCGUCCUGUGGUCAUUGUGGCUUGUUUGGAAUCGGAACUGAGAGCAGCCCCGAUGUGAAGAGACUUCUUCAACCCUAGAGUGAGGAACAGGCGAGGUUUACACGGCCAAUAUUGUCACAUGACGGAGCAUGGUGAAAUUCUUACUUAAAUGCACUUAUCAACAUGCAGUUCCUCUGCACUCUCCGGCACGAUGAUUAGUGACCCCCGUUUGAAGAAAAGCAGGGCCUAACACUAAGGUGCUCAACAUGGAGGGGGAAUGUGCUCACAAAGAUGAGGAGGCUGAAUCAAAGGACAGCCCCAUCCCUGCGAUGAAUGGCUGGGAACUGAUGUCUGUGCACAUUAAGGAAGAAGACUGUGAGCAGGAGCUUGAUCGCUACAGUGAACAGGAAUGUGACGCAUGGUCUGUCUUUGUUAAACAAGAGAGCGAUGAGGCAGAGUGUGGUAGCAUUAAACAAGAGUUUUUGGAGCAGGACCCUGUAAGCUUUAAACAAGAGGACUUUCAGGUGGAGUGUGUCAAUAUUAAACAAGAAGAUGGUGAGCAGAGUUCGGCUAACACCGAAACAUCAGAUUAUGAAACUGAAGAGGGCCUUAAUGUGGGUUCUAUCUCGGGUGAUCUGUGUCCAGAUGAAAGUGAGACAGACAGUAUUAGAACUUCUCAAUGGAAAAAACAACUGCCUGGUUUGCAUUCGAAUCACGUAAAACCACGGCACCCAGAAACACUACAGUUUGAGUGGACCGAGCAGGAUUCAUCCAGCACAGACCUGGUGGAUGAACCAUUGGCAUCUCCUUCUCAUUGGAGUGGUUUGGGUCUACAACAUGGAACAUCACUCUUUACAUCAUAUAACUCUGAGCAGGAAGAGAAUAAAAUUAAUCUUCAGAACAAAAGUGUCAGGGGUUCAAGGUCCAAGAGUCUAAAAUCAGGCUCUCUGCAGUGCAGUAAACGGCGGGUUCAAAAGCUGAUAGGGUUCGAUGGUACUAAAAUUCCUCAGGAGAUUGAGACUACAGAAGCUCUGCAUUUUUGUGAAGUGUGUGGCAAGGGGUUUGAACAGAGAUCUUAUUGUGAUGAGCAUCAGGCAACUCAUUCUGAAAAUAAACCUUUUUCCUUCACCGAGUGGAUCAGGACAUUCUUAGAGAAAGGGCUACAGAUACCCAAGGUGACUCCCACUGGCGAGAAACUGUACUAUUGUACAAUCUGCGAGAAGAGGUUCUCUGAGAGAGGUGGACUGAGAAGACACAAGAGAAUUCACACUGGAGAGAAACCAUAUCGUUGUACAGAAUGUGACAAAAGAUUCACAGAGAAAGGGGGGCUGCAGCGGCACCAGAGGAUUCAUACUGGGGAGAAGCCAUAUUGUUGCAAUGAAUGUGGAAGGAGAUUUACUCAGACGGGCCCAUUACAGAAACACAACAGAAUGCAUACAGGGGAGAAACCAUAUUGUUGUACUGAAUGUGGUAAAUGUUUUACAGACAAAGGCCACCUUAAGAGGCAUAAACGAAUCCAUACUGGUGAGAAACCAUUUGGGUGUACGGAGUGUGGGAAGAGGUUCACAGAAAAAGGUCAUCUUGAUACACACAGGAGAAUUCACACUGGAGAGAAGCCAUUUUGCUGUACAGUAUGUGGGAAAAGAUUCACACAAAAUGGUGGACUUCAGAAGCACAUGAGAAUCCACACUGGAGAGAAGCCAUAUUGUUGUACUGAAUGUGGCAAACAAUUCACAGUGAAAGGUCAUCUGCAGAGACAUGUGAGAGUUCAUAUUGGAGAUAGGAUGUACUAUUCUGAAGAUAUAGGUGCAAGUACAAAGUCACACCGCGAUGACCUGGAAACUGAAGAGUCACAACUUGGCUCUGACAAGACAAAGCCUGGAGACAUAUUCAGGUCCUAUGGACUUCUAUAUUGCAAGCUCAUUUUGGUUUAUGUCUCUUCGUAUGGACAUCAUGAAAUAUGGACUGUUCUUCAUGUUAGCAAGCACUGCUACUGUUUACAAAAUUUGAAUGGACCAACAAGAGAAGGGUCCCGCACAGCUAUGGCCAAAAUGGAAGAGAAGCCUUACUGCUCUACCCAACAGCUUCCAAAGCUCAAGUGUGAAAAGGGCACUGCAGAAGAGUCUUGUAGCUACAAUAACAAGGGGAUCCCAAAGCUCAAACAUGAAAAAGGACUCUUGGAAGAGACGUGUAGCUACAAAAAGAAGGGGCUCUCAAAGUUUAAAAAUGAAAAAACGUUCUUGGGGGAGACUUGUAGCCGCAAAGCUAAGAGUCCUACCCCAGAAAAAUCGGUUCCUGAUGAGGACCGCACAGAGCAAAGGGUUGUUCAGAUCAAAGAAGAAAACUGCGAACAGAAACUCAUGGAAAGUGAAGGGGAAGAAGAACCAGCAUUCUCAACUGUAAUAGUGGAUGAUGAGUGGAAUCAUGAGGGUGUCACUGUCAAAGAAGAAGAAGUAGAACAAGACUGUGAGCAGAGUCCAGCUAGUGUUAAACAGGAUGACUGUGAGGUGGAUUCCCUGCACAUUAAAAUUUGGGACCCAGAGGAGAAUAGUUUGGAUGAGUGGGUCCUUAAUGAGGAUUCUGCCUGUGAAGAUACAGCUGCAGAUGAAACGGAAUCUAGACAUUUAGAUUCCAUUCAGUGGAGGCGCUAUAUUUCUCAGUUUAAUUCUUCACGUGUAAAGAAGUUUGCACCAAAACUGCUGCAUUCGGAGCAAAAAAGGACUGAGGAGAACUCGUAUGCUGACGUUUGGGAAGAAGAACCUUCAUCUUCUCUCAAUUGUCCAGGAACAAAUUCACAAGACAAUGACGAAUCCUGUUUUUCUUCAUUUUCCUCAUCUCCUCAAUUUAAAAUCCGACAAUAUGGCAACAAAGUUGAAGAUGGAAAUUUUAGAAGAUCAGCUUCUUUACAAAAUAAUUCUGUACCUUCAGGGAAGCUUUUAGGUAUAGAUGCAACUAAACAACAAUGCAUCCAAAAUUCAGUAGCUCUGCAACUGUUCCAGAUGUGUGGUAAAAAGUUUAAUCAAAGAUCUCAAGGUGGUAAUCAGAAAAAACAGCUUGGGGAGAAACCCUAUGUUUGCUCUGAAUGUGGCAAGAUUUUUACACACAAAAGCCAUUUUCAAACACACAAGAGAAUUCACACUGGAGAGAAGCCAUAUUGGUGUACUGAAUGUGGAGAACGAUUCACUCAGAAAAGCCAUCUUCAGAGACAUACAAGAAUCCAUACUGGUGAAAGACCUUACGGAUGUACAGAAUGUGGCAAAUGUUUUAUGAGAAAAAGUGACCUUCAGAUGCAUGAAAGAAUUCACACAGGAGAAAAACCAUAUUGUUGUUCAGCAUGUGACAAAAGAUUCACUCGAAAAAGUCAUCUUCAAAUUCACGAACGUGUGCACACCGGUGAAAAACCAUUUUGUUGUCUUGUAUGUGGCAGGAGAUUUACUGAGAAAAGUAGUCUUCAAAAACAUCACCGAAUUCAUACGGGAGAAAAACCUUAUGUUUGUACUGAUUGUGGCAAGAGAUUCACAAUGAGAUGUACUCUUCGCUCACACCGGAGAAUUCAUACAGGGGAGAAACCAUAUUGCUGCAAAGAAUGUGGCAGAAGAUUUACAGAAAGAAGUAGUCUUCUGAAACAUGAGAAAAUUCAUGCCAGAGAGAAGCCACAGCGCUGUACUGAAUGUGGCGAAAGCUUCACAACUGAAAAUAGUCUUGAGAAGCACAAAAAAAUGCACAGUGUGGAAAUGGCCUUUCUGAUUGAUAGCGCCCAGCCUGAUAAAGAAGAGGAUUGUGAAGUACCAAAAGAUGAAAUUAACUUGGGAGGUAUUUCUCAACCCUAAUUCUAACAUGUCCUCAUAUGAGCUCACUGAAUAUCACAUAGAAGUCUGCCUAGAUUAUAGUGAUAUUUGUGCAGAUAAUCCUGAUGCACAAAUGAAGAGAUGCAUUUUGGUAGGUAAACUAUGCUAAAUGUGUGCCGAACUGUAAGAGGCAGUUAUGUAUAAGCAUAGAUAUUUAGGUGGUUACUUGAAAAGAUAAACAAGAAAAUGAAAUUCCAGGUUUUUAUUUUUUGAAAUGAUUUUCAUCACUGCACUUUUACCUGUUCACCUUUAUCUCUGCCAUCUCUGCUCUAACUACAUGCAGAUUCUGUGAGCGUUUUUUGUUUUUUUUUUCCUCUGCUUGUGUGUUUUAGCUGAUUAUGAUGUUCCCUCAACAAGUUAUGCUUUGAUAUUGGCCAUUUUAAAAUGUCCGGAUACAGUUUCCAAUCAGGUAGAGAAGAAGUGUCCCGCAAUUCAUUUCACUUUCACUUACUUAACUAUGCCCAGUCUCCAUUAACGAAGAGAAUCGUACUAGUUCUUGAUAUGAAAAAUAAGGAGCAUGUUUUUAAAAGAUUUGUCUUGUAGGAGUUCUGGAUUAUGAGCAGAUAUCCAUUUGGCCAUGGCUGUCCUUGGUCAUCUGCUUGCAUCAGAUGCUAACACCAGAAAAGUUGCUAAACCCGCUCGACUCUCAAAAGAUUUGUAAAAUGAUAAGGUGCCCUGCUGUGCUAUUUGUUAAGUAUGGCCCUUGCUAUGUGUUCUGAUUACUGCAGCUAUCGAACAAAUUGCAGCCAGUAACUGGAGAUUUCACAGAAAUUCACAUAUCACUUAGCUUCGGUGUUGUUGUUUAUACAGCUUUUUUCCAUCUCAUUAUUGCAUCCUGCACUGUAGCUUGCAUACCCGUUACUUACUCAAAUAAGUUAUCACCAUAUUUGGAAUUUUAUCCCCUGCAAUAAAAUUUUGUUUAUUUCUUACACAGGAUUUUUAUUUAUAUUAAACUGUUAAGAGACAACCAAGUAAAAUGGCUAUUCUCUAGUAAUCAUUCUGCCUUACUGUUUAUAGCAUUAUUAGCUUUUGUUAUUAAGGCAUAGAAGUAGCUAAUAAAAAGAUUUAAAAAAUAGUUAUGUUAUUAGCAAAAAAUGCCAUCAAUAAUUGUGUUAAUAUAUCUGACCUCCUUUGAGCUCUGCAAUGAAGUUAUUAUUGCCAGAUUUUACAGGUAUUAACUGGGAAAAUGUAGGAAAGAUGUCGCUGCUUGACCUGAGACUGAGGGUUCACCGCUGCAUUCGCACAAGACACUGCUAAGUUCUCGACGAAGUGUAAGGAAAAAUUGUGAUAAACUGGACGGGGACUUCCCUUACACACUGGAAAUCUUGUUGUUACAUUUAUUUUGUGGAGUUUGUAUACAGGUGACAGUGGACAUGGUUAAACCUGUAAAUAUGUUUGAAUUUUUAUUUUAAUGUCAUAUUUUGCAGUGAGUAAUUUCCAAUAGUUUUAUUUUUUUGUUUCCUCCCCAUGUUAAAACACUUAUUCAUACUCUGCCUGAUAUCUGACAUAGAGUUGAGUUUUAAAAAUAAUGGAUUCCCUGGCAUCUUACUCCAAUGCACACACUUGGACAAUGGGGUGACUGGCUGCUGAACCCACCGUUGAGUCAGCUGGCAUCCACCCAGCAUCCCGAGUGCCUUCUGGCCUUAACUUUGUCUACAAGGAAAUCCCAGCACUCUGAAAUCUUCAGUAUCUGCAGAGUUUGUUGGCAAACAUGCUCUUACUCAGUGCUGCAUCUGUACUUUUCUGGAGAGUUCUAUGUGUUGAUUAAUGUAUUUUUGCAUUGAUGGAUAUCUUGUAACAUUUUUUUCCCCUCUAAGAUGUUGGAUAGUUGUUUGCCUAUUUCAUUUUGACUAUUUAUAUUUCUAAUGUAAAGCAGCUAUGUUCUGGGUUAAAAUACAGGUAGAGAUCUGUACCCCGACAUUCUCAAACCCACUUAAUCCAGUCUGGGAUAGCAGUAGGGCCAAUGCAGAAUAACCAGUUAGCCGAAUAUUCACAGAUAUAGAGUGUGGGAGGAAAACCAGAACAUCUGAAAGAGGUAAAUCAUUUGGUCAUAUUUAAAAGCAAGAAUGAAAUCAUAAUUUAAGAAAAUUGCAUAUUAAAAACCAACUUAAGCAAUGUUUAUUUAACAAUUCUAAUAGCAUUUUAUAGAUUAUGUAUGGGGCAAAUUUUCUUAAAUUAGAAUAAAAUCAUCCAAUUUAAUGGAAUUCCAGAAUAUGUUAUUACUGGGAACAUGUGUAUUAUGUUGGCUGUUCAGACCCUUUGUUUGGGGUCAUGCAAUGAAAUUGCUGGCCCACUAUUACAUCUUUAGUGCUUUCUCCUUUUUUAUUCUUAUGCUACCUUUUAAAUCAUUACUGUGUCAAAAUGGAAAAACAAAUAUCUGAAAUCUGUCAGAAAAAUAAAAUUUGUAGUAUACUGCC